CUUGCACAGACCAAGUUGUGUAAAGGUACUGGAAGGCAUGUAGGAUAGGACAUUGAAGCAGAUCUGUCAAGCGACCCUUCAGCUGAGGCUUCUUUUUGAGCAAGACGCCAUGUCGUACUCUUAUUUCACCAAUGGCACGGAGGAGUUGGCGAUGGGAGAAGACUUGGAUCAGAACGUCAUUAAUGCCAUCGGCGUUAUAAUGUUGAUCUUAACAGUAGUAGGUUUUGUGGGAAAUAGCUGCAUCAUCUUCAUCGUCUUAGUUAACCGCUCUAUGCGGAACCGCCCCAACGCGCUAGUAGCCAGCCUCGCUGUUGGCGAUCUCUUGCUGCUGUUUUUUUGCAUACCUCUCCGGCUCUACCAGAUGAUCUAUUUCCGAUGGCCCUUUGGCAACCUCAUGUGCAAACUCUCUCAAGGUUCUGUUAUUGCUUCUCAGUCCGUGUCCAUUUUCUCCAUGGUGGCCCUAAGCCAUGACCGGUACCGCGCCAUCGUCACGCCGAUGAAUUACCCACGUUCCCGUGGCUCUGGUCGUACAUUUGUCACCAUCUCAGUCAUCUGGUUCCUCGGAAUUGUCGCGUCCUGUCCUAUUGUUAUCUUCUCUCACGUCCGAGGUAACGAGUUCUUUAGCUGGUGCAACUACAUCAGCCACACUUCACUGGAAGGCAAGCUCCAUGCUAUCUUCAGAGGUUUGCUGCUGUUUAUCAUCCCACUUGUGAUUAUUAACGGCUACUACUGCUUGGUGUCAAGGAAGCUGAUUAUGAGCACACGGGCCCUCCCCGGUGAGGUACACGACAAGAGGUCACAGAUAAGCUCUAGGAAGCGUUUGGCCUAUCUUGUCCUGGCUAUCGUCAUUCUCUUCACCGUCUGCUGGUUGCCAUUCUUCAUUUUUGAGCUCUUGUUCCAGAUAAACGACACCAUCCUCAACAAUUCUAACGCCCUGACCUACCUGAGAUUGCUCAGUGAGGUGUUGACUUACUCAAAUUCUUGCAUCAACCCUAUCCUCAUAACAGUCGUCAGCUCAACCUAUCGGAAAUACUUUUGCAACUAUCUCUUUUGCCGAUGUUUCAGGAAAGCAAAGUUCACCAGACCUCGAGCAUCUAUCGUGUCAUCUAAGGCUUCUUCUGCUCGCACUCGAAUAACUGAGUUUGCUUGACUCUACACUGUAAAAAAAUUGCCCGUAAUUUUACGGUAAAAGCAGUGUCAAACGGGUUGCCAACAAAAGACCGUAAAAUUACGGUCAGUUACGGGUUUUGAAAAAUGACGGUGACCGUAAUUUUAACGCGAAUUUCCCGUAAAUUUGACGGCAAUUUGCGUAAUGUAAUGGAAUACAAAGUGGGUGGCGUCAGAGCUGAGUGUAGGGGUAGGGAGGGGGGUAGGUUCCAGUUACUGCAGCUGGGAGUGGGGUAUGCAUACGUUUUACAGCUUGUCUUUUACAGGCAUAGUGGUUUUCAAAUCACUUAAUGUGAAAUUAUCUUUAAGUUGUAACAUAACUUGCAUCUGUAAGUUGUAAUUUUCAUUUACAACUUUUUACCGAUCCCGCAGAAAGGGUCAACCUAUUGCUGGUCAACACCGCAGAAUUAGCUGUUUGGCUCUCCAAAUUCCGCAAUAUUAAAGCAUUACGGCUUUCACAGUACAAUGAUCAGCACGUAGCGAACCUUGCGUGAGUGCACACGAAUCACAGCUUUAAAAACUAGGCGGUUGUGAGGGUUUGAAAGGGGAGGGGUUUUGAAAAGUUACGAAUACAAAGCAUUGUGAAUCCCAGCCUGCGUCAGGUCACCAAGUUUUACGGGAAAUGCACGUAGCACGUUCUUUCUUGUGACGGUUCGAGCAAUAACGGUAAUAAACCGUAAACAAUGCGGGAAAAGGACAGUGUUUUUACGGGUUUUGUUUACAGUGUAUGCUUAGAUUGUACAACAUCAGCGACGUUUUGGAGCGGUAUUAAAAAUGAAAAUAUACUUGAAUGUCAUAGCCCGUCUUAACUUUUGAUCUCAACACAAUACAAUUUCGUACCUGAAAUAAUCGGCGAGAAACUGCGGUCUUCCUUAAAAGGAUAACCUAGUUGUUGAUUCGGUGAUCUUACGGACACUUGAACUUAAAAUUCUGAUUAUAGCCUCUUGGGAGUUUGUACCGCCGCGUCCAUUUUCAGUGAAGAUUUGCAGACUCUGAAGUAAUUCACCCUUCACUCCUCUUCCGAACAAAUCCUGCGUCUAUAUCUAGGAUGUUAACUUUGGAUACAUAUCGAUUUGGUUGCCCGGAGAUUCUAUGGGGAUGUUUUAAUACAACUGAAGAUGAUGAUCUGGGUCACAGCCCGAUAGUCCGAAGGUUC